GGUGAGUGGCGGCUGCGGCGGCCAAUGCCGGGGGAGCCCGGGCCGGGAGGGCUGCGGCCGGAGCGGCUGCUCCGCCGCCUUCACGCGCUGUUCGCCUUCGCCCCGGGAGAGGCUGUGCCGCGUUUGGCAGCGCGCAGCGGAAGGCACGAGCUGGCUCCCUGUCCGCACUGCUGGCGGACUCCGUUCUUUAUCCUGGCCUGUGAACCGUUACGCUUUCAUGAAUGCAAUCUUACAGGACAUGGGGUAUUCUUGCUGAGCAAGACUUUCCGCUGCUCCCGUACUGGGAUGGAGAUUUCUUCCCACCAGUUUCACCUCCUGGAGCAGUUAAAUGAACAACGGAAGCAGGACUUGUUCUGCGACUGCAGUAUCCUGGUGGAGGGGAAGCUCUUCAAAGCGCACCGCAAUGUGCUGUUUGCCAGCAGCGGGUAUUUCAAGAUGCUCCUUUCCCAGAGUUCAAGAGAUACGAGUCAGCCAACUGUAGCUACUUUCGAGGUCUUCUCUCCAGAGACAUUUAUGGUUAUCCUGGACUUCGUGUAUUCAGGAAUAUUGCCUUUAACGGGUCAAAAUGUGAUUGAAGUAAUGUCGGCAGCUAGCUACCUGCAGAUGACAGAUAUUCUUAAUGUCUGUAAGACAUUCAUUAAAUCCUCUCUGGAUAUUAAUGAAAAGGACAAGGAUCACUACCUUAGCCUUUCAGCCAAAAGUACAAACAGCGAACCUGCUCAUGCAUCACUUUAUCGCUCCAGGAGGAAAGCAAAGAGCAACCCCAGGCGCUCCUAUUCUGUUCCAGAUGAAAAGGCCAAUGUGGUGAAUGAAAAUUCCUGGAGUAGUUACAGCACUUAUCUGUCCUCACAGGUGAUCCUUCAGCGGGCAGAAACACAGCUGUCAAAGAGGGGCAGAAAACAGGGCUCAACCAGAAAGCGCCGGAAGCACUUAGGGUUGUCACAGACACGUGACUUUGUGCAGUGUAAAUCAAGUAAAGCUGGGCGGGCAGAGGGUUGUAAUGGGUCAGACUGUAACCACAGCUCUCGAGCUAAAGAGGAAGCGGGAUUUGAUGCCGAGAAUGAUGUUGAUGGCGAUGAUGAUGGAUGUAAUCACGAAUCAGAAGUAGCACCGAAGAGGUGGUCUGCUGCUCAACUACAAGAACUUUCACAGACUUCUGAGUUCAUGGAAUUAAAAGCAGAAGAACUGUACACCUCAGUGCCCACAGUUUUAGGUGUAAUGAGUAGUUGGAAUGAAGAUGACCUACCUCGGAUGCGAUUCAAGUGCCCCUUCUGCACGCACACGGUGAAGCGACGCGCGGACCUGAAGCGGCAUCUGCGGUGCCACACCGGGGAGCGGCCGUACCCGUGCGACGCGUGUGGGAAGAGGUUCACUCGCCUGGAGCACUUACGUAACCACUUCCAAACGAUACAUCAGGCUGGCAAACUGAUCUGCAGGAAGUGCAAGCGCCACGUGACUGAGCAAACAGGAUGUGUUGUGCAGCAGGGAACACGGCGCUACAGACUGUGCCACAAGUGUCUCACAGAAACUAAUCCGGGGAGCAUCCCUGAAGACGUGGAUGUGGAACACUCUCCUGUCAGCUCCGUGGGAAACAAACAUUCCAAGUGGGCUUUGGAGGAGGAACAGAAGUCAGAUGACGAGACAGUGGAGGAAGAGCCAUAUAAUUUGGUUGUCCGACGUGUUAAUGAUGAUACUCCCGAUGAGACAGAUGAAAAGGUGAAACCAAAUCUUAGGUAGACAUAUUUGUAUAUUUGUUACUGCUGUAUUCAAGAUUAAAUUACUUGUGUUCUACCAACUAA